CUCCAAUUUCUCUUCAUCCUCAAUCAAUCCCCCCCGCCUUGCUAAACUACGCCCUCCACCCUACUGGCGCACUUUAGCAAACGCCCUUCGCUUCCCUCCCUCUUUAUCCUCUCCAUGGCUUCUCUACCUUCAGCUUCAACCAAACCAACCUCCGUACAACUGGGUCGGAUUCAUGUCCUUAAGGAAGGGUCUCAUCCACCGCAAAAUGGUCCCGUUGUGUACUGGAUGUUUAGAGAUCAACGGUUGAACGACAACUGGGCUUUGAUCCACGCCGUUGAUCAAGCCAACAAGGCCAAUGUGCCCGUCGCUAUAGCUUUCAAUCUUUUUGAUCAAUUCUUAGGGGCUAAAGCAAGGCAAUUAGGGUUCAUGCUUAAGGGUUUACGUCAAUUACAGAAAAGUAUUGAACAUACCCAGAUUCCAUUCUUCUUGUUUCAAGGAACAGCUGAAGAAACAAUACCAAAGUUUCUUGGAGAAUGUAAAGCUUCACUUUUAGUUACAGAUUUCUCACCAUUAAGGCAGAUUCGAAAAUGUAAAGAUGAAAUUUGUAAAAGAGUGAGUGAUUCAGUGACUAUACAUGAGGUUGAUGCUCAUAAUGUAGUUCCUGUUUGGCUUGCAUCGGAUAAGCUGGAGUAUAGUGCUAAGACAAUUAGGGGUAAGAUAAAUAAACUGAUUCCUGAGUACUUAAUCGAUUUUCCGACUCUGCAACCACCGAAUAAGAAAUGGGACAAUGCAACGGAUCGGUUUUUAGAUUGGGAUGGUCUCAUUGCCGAUGUUUUGAGGAAUGGGGCUGAAGUACCUGAAAUUGAAUGGUGCGAACCCGGAGAAAUUGCAGCAAUGGAAGUAUUGAUGGGAAAUAAAGAUGGUUUCUUGACAAAAAGGUUGAAGAGUUAUAGUAUGGACCGGAAUAAUCCUUUAAAACCGCGAGCUCUCUCUUGUUUGUCUCCUUAUCUACAUUUUGGUCAGAUAUCUGCACAGAGAUGUGCCUUAGAGGCACGUAGUUUUCGGAAACAUAAUGCUCAGGCAGUUGAUACGUUUUUAGAAGAGUUGAUUGUGCGCAGAGAACUUGCCGAUAACUUUUGCUAUUAUCAGCCGAAUUAUGAUACUAUGCAGGGGGCAUGGGAAUGGGCACGAAAGACAUUGAUGGACCAUGCCUCUGAUAAACGAGAACAUACUUACACGAUGGAGCAAUUGGAGAAGGCACAAACGGCUGAUCCCCUUUGGAAUGCUUCACAGCUUGAGAUGGUUCAUUAUGGGAAAAUGCACGGCUUUAUGCGCAUGUAUUGGGCAAAAAAGAUUCUGGAGUGGACAAAGGGACCUAAAGAGGCACUUGAAAUAUGCAUAUAUCUAAAUGACAAGUACGAAAUUGAUGGGAGGGAUCCAAAUGGUUACGUUGGUUGCAUGUGGUCAAUAUGCGGCGUGCACGACCAGGGAUGGCGAGAGAGACCCGUUUUCGGGAAAAUACGAUACAUGAACUAUGCUGGAUGCAGAAGGAAAUUCAAUGUUGACGGAUACAUAUCUUACGUCAAGAGACUAGUUGGUGAAAUCAAGAAGAGAAAAGCAGAAAGCCCGGUGGGUCAAAAGACAAAGCAGCCGCGCAACGAACAACAUUAACAUCUCGCUGCCUGUCUGUUGUGAAACUCUUUUAUCUAAACUCCAUGGUUGUAGUACCACUAACCAUAUUGUGUUAGAAAUGACAAUGACAUGCUAGGCUUUGUUGGUUUGGUAGGAAGUGAAAAUCAUUAUUAGUUCAUGAAAUGUAUGAUUUAGUUAUGAUUUUUCAUUUGAUGUACUGAAUUUUGGAAUAGUUUGGGGUUAAGCUAAUUUGAAAUGACUUUUCCUUUAA